UUUUAAGUAAACUUUGCUUAAUCAACCAGUAAGCGUAAAAAUGAGACUAGUGCCAGUACUGAGCUGUUUGAAUCGGGCCGUAAAUUUACGGUACAAUUUCGUCAGCAGUUUGCUUGUGCUACGUCAACAACAGCAGCAAAAACAAACGCAACCGUAUCCCUUUCGGUGCCAGUUUGCUACUCUGGCCAGUAAGAUGAAAAAGGAGAAACAGAAAAAUCAACAAGAGAAAGGAAAGGAAGGCAGUACUUCAACAGGCUCUCCUGCGGAGAAACCACUGCCGGAGUUUAUAGAUCAGCGUAUAAAAUUAUACGAUGAAUUGAAAAAUCAGUACCUGGAGGAAUUGGCCAAUAAGCCGAAGAAUGCAAUUAAGGUGGUGCUUCCAGACGGGAAAGAAGUGGAUGCUGUCAGCUGGGAAACCACCCCGUACGAUGUAGCCAAAGGUAUCAGUCAGGGGCUGGCUGACAAUACGGUCAUCGCUCGCGUAAACAAUGAAUUGUGGGAUUUGGAUCGACCUCUGGAGGAAAAUUGUAAACUCCAGCUGCUGAAGUUCGAUGAUCCCGAUGCACAGGCAGUCUUCUGGCACAGUUCGGCCCAUAUUCUGGGAGAAGCAAUGGAAAAGCAAUAUGGAGGUCAUCUGUGCUAUGGACCACCGAUCGAAAAUGGGUUCUACUAUGACAUGUUCCUGGAAGGCAGCGGAAUUUCCAACCAAGACUACGGAAAGCUGGAAAGUGAGGUGAAAAAAAUCGUCAAGGAGAAGCAACCGUUCGAGCGGCUGGUAAUGAAAAAAUCCGAUCUGCUCAAGAUGUUCGAGUACAACCAGUUCAAGGUUCGCAUCCUAAACGAGAAGGUUACAACGGACACCACAACCGUCUACCGGUGUGGUUCGUUGAUUGAUCUGUGCCGUGGGCCUCACGUGAAGCACACCGGUAAAGUUAAAGCCCUGAAGGUGGUAAAGAAUUCAUCUACCUACUGGGAAGGUAAAGCCGAUGCGGAAUCGCUACAGAGAUUGUACGGCAUUUCUUUUCCCGACCCGAAGCAACUGAAGGAAUGGGAAAAAAUUCAGGAAGAAGCCGCUAAACGUGAUCAUCGAAAGCUCGGAAAAGAGCAGGAAUUGUUCUUUUUCCAUGAGUUAUCUCCUGGUUCAUGCUUUUUCCAGCCGAAAGGCGCUCAUAUUUACAACACUUUAAUGAACUUCAUUCGAGCCGAGUACCGUAAGCGUGGUUUCCAGGAAGUCAUUUCACCCAAUAUUUAUAAUGCGAAGUUGUGGCAAACUUCGGGUCAUUGGCAGCAUUAUGCCGAGAAUAUGUUUUCCUUUGAGAGUGAGAAGGAAACUUUCGCACUAAAACCCAUGAACUGUCCGGGACAUUGUUUGAUCUUUGACCAUCGUAACAGAUCAUGGCGCGAACUACCACUGCGUAUGGCUGAUUUUGGUGUAUUGCAUCGCAAUGAGCUCUCGGGUGCUUUGACUGGUUUAACACGAGUUCGUCGUUUCCAGCAAGAUGACGCUCACAUUUUCUGUAUGCCGGAACAGAUUCGUGAAGAAAUCUUCGGUUGUUUGGAUUUCUUGCGCCAUGUCUAUGGUGUGUUUGGUUUUUCAUUCAACCUUGUAUUAUCAACACGUCCAGAGAAAUAUCUUGGAGAUAUUGAGGUUUGGAAUGAAGCGGAGAAAGCUCUUGCAGAAUCACUGGACAAGUUCGGUCAACCCUGGAAAGAGAAUCCCGGAGAUGGAGCGUUUUAUGGUCCGAAAAUCGACAUUACCAUUAUGGAUGCUCUCAAACGUAAUCACCAAUGCGCCACCAUACAGCUAGAUUUUCAACUACCAAUUCGGUUCAAUUUGAAUUACAUCGACGAUAAUAGCGAAAAGAAGCGACCGGUAAUCAUUCAUCGUGCUGUGCUUGGUUCGGUAGAGCGUAUGAUUGCUAUCCUGACAGAGAGUUAUGCCGGAAAGUGGCCCUUCUGGCUGUCACCUCGGCAGAUCAUGGUAGUCCCAGUGGGUCCGCAGUACGAUGAAUACGCCGAUAAGGUGCGCCAACGUUUGCACGAUGUCGGUUUUAUGGUUGAAGCCGAUCUGGAUGCAGGAGAUACAAUGAACAAAAAGAUCCGCAAUGCACAGUUAGCGCAGUAUAAUUUUAUUCUUGUUGUGGGUGACAAAGAACGCAGCUCGGAAACGGUCAACGUGCGUACCCGUGAUAAUAAGGUACAUGGAGAAGUUUCGGUAGAUGAGUUAGUUGGAAAACUACGCAAAUUGGCGGAUGAACAUAUCGUGGGUGAGGAUCAGUUCUGAAGUAAAAGCGUCUGGUAGCAGUAAUAGGGAUUUAUUACCGAGUGUCUCACUAAUUCAUACCUACUUCAAUAAUUUAUUAUUCUGCAAAUGCUUAAAGCAGAUGUUCUUUCAAAAAUAAAGUAUUUGGCAAAAUUA